GCCGCGCCUUUGGGGAGUUGCAAGACGAGCCCCGUUUAGCGAAGACGCGCGGGGGAAAGUGGACGCCGCUGGCGGCGGUAGCAGCAACCCCCCCCCCCCCACCACCACCGGCCGCCGCCGGCGCUCCGGGAUCCUGCAAAAGUAAAGGGGAGGAAGGGGAGAAAUCCAGCCCCCCCCCCCCCCAUGCAAGCCAAAUACGCCAGCCGCCAAGUCCUGCUUCUGCCCCUGUAAACGAUCGCCUUCCAACGCCGUUAAACUACUCAGGAUGAAUCCCUUCUCUUCCGUCUUUAGCUAUUUGCUACUGCACUUGUUUGCUUUCUGCUUGCAGGCACAGGUAACUGUUCAGUCCCCACCUAAUUUUACACAGCAUGUGAGGGAGCAGAGCCUGGUGACCGAUCAGCUAAGCCGGAGACUCGUCCGGACCUAUCAGCUGUACAGUCGGACCAGUGGGAAGCACGUGCAAAUCCUGGACAACAAGAAAAUCAAUGCCAUGGCAGAGGAUGGAGAUGCUCAUGCCAAGCUCAUUGUGGAGACGGACACAUUUGGGAGCCGUGUGAGAAUCAAGGGAGCUGAGACAGGGUUCUACAUCUGCAUGAACAAGAAAGGAAAGCUGAUUGGCAAGAGCAAUGGCAAAGGCAAGGACUGUGUCUUCACGGAGAUUGUGUUGGAGAAUAACUACACAGCAUUGCAGAAUGCCAAGUAUGAGGGAUGGUACAUGGCCUUCACCCGGAAGGGCCGCCCCCGCAAGGGCUCCAAGACUCGCCAGCAUCAGCGUGAAGUGCACUUCAUGAAGAGGCUUCCCAAGGGCCACCAAACAACAGAGCCUCACAGACGCUUCGAGUUUCUCAAUUACCCUUUCAACCGGAGGAGUAAAAGGACUCGGAACUCCAGCCCCAAGCCAACCCCCUGACCAACCCUCCACCUUGUGCCACCCAGGCCCUCCCUCUUUUUGGAGGACACUGUGUAGAGACUUGAUUGAUGGACAUUAACUAGAGACUUACCUGCUUAUAAUAAUUACAAAGGGGGUGGAAGAAGAAGAAAAAACUUGACCUAGUUGUUUAUAAUUGUUCAUGUUUUGUGUUUUUUUAAACAGAGGCUCUAUUUUUAUAUUCCAGCGUAAGAAAAAAAAGCAACAAUGUGUUCACAGACUUGUGAAGGGGUGCUCUUCACUUAGAAGCAUUUAGAGUCUGGGGUGGGGUUAUGUUUAAUAGGUUGUCUUUUUUUGUGGGGGGGAUAUGCAUUUAUUACUAAGGUCUACGUAGGGAGGGGGGAGAGAGAAAGGGCCAAACCCACACAGAUUAAAUAGGGAGUUUUCUUGUUGCAAUGAAAGUGGGCAGCACCAUAACGUCUCCAAAUCCUUCCAUGGCUUCUUCUCCCCUCAGUGGCCAAGGCUGCAGCAUCCAAGUCUCUUGAAGAAUCUGGAAACACAGCACUGUCCCUCUGAGGGGUUGGGAGCACAGCACUCUCCCUCUGAGGGUCUGGAAGCACUGGAGAUUGAUAUUCUUCUGGAGUGCAGCUGUGCUGUUGGGCUGGAGGGCUCUUUUGGAGAACCAGCAUAUCUUGCAGGCAUAUUGUGGUCUUCCUUACCCCUGGUAUCCUGGGGUUGAGUGCUUCUCCACUAAUUCAAGCUCAGAUGGUACUGUAACUGGAGCUGAGCUCUGGCGAACUGUCCAGCAGCUUCUCUUUGACGUGAGCAGCCACUGGUGCGUGGCAUCCUUUCCUUCUCUGCUCAGAUCAUUGAUAAGGUGCCUCAUAGCCUUGCAGCACAGUAGACGACAGAGCUGUCUGUCUAAGUGGUUGUCCUUUGCGUCCUUUUUGUCCGCCAUUGUUCAUUUCCCACUCAGUGGGAUGUCCUGCAGCUCUGCUAGAUAUAUAAGUUAACGAUAGUGCUUCUAGGAGAGAUUGCAAUACUCCUGAUGUCACAAAGGAUGUCUUUUUUAUGUGGGGUAGGAGGUGGUAGAUCUAGGGAGAAAAACAGGAUUUGUCCCCUUCAGUUAAAUACAUUUGGGACCAAAGUGCUACCUCAAAACAAAUUAUAGACUAGGAUGCUAUCCAUCAGGAGCUUCUGUGCAAGUUUCAUUUAUUUUCAUAAGAUCUGUGCAGGAGACUUUCCCAAUGUAUGGGCUACAAUCUUGGAGCUGCAUUUGUGCAAGUUCCUUUGAAAUCAGCAAGACAUUUAGGUACUAAGCUUGCAACCACUGUCAUUUUUUGAAUAAAAAAGAAAAGGAUGGGAUAUAAAUAGGAUGAGAACAUAAAAUAGAAGGCUGACCACUGAAUGGCUGCCACCACUAUGGUGAGAGCUAUUUGUUUUUCUUUGUCUGUUCUAUCAAAGGUAAUCAUGUUUCCAAGGGGUCUGCGUUUUAUUGCUGUAGAAUUUUAUUGUAUUUGUUAUGACAAUAAAGUGUCAUUGAGUUCCAAUUUUUAUUUCCCCAUAAUACCUCCGUUUCCUAAGAUAUUUCUUGCCCUGAGUCUUCCAAGAGGCAGAGAGGAGCUUAUGCACAUAUAGACAGAGAAAGGCUCAUGCAUGUGUUUGAACCCUGGAAAGUCAAAAGGGGAACAAGCAAGGCAUGUGUGCUCCCACUAGGCUAGGUGUAAGCACAGGCAGCCCCUUGUCCUUGUCUGACCUCCCAAGAGAUGCUGCCUGGCCCUCCAACUUGCCAACCCAAAGACCAAAGCAUGAGUGAAACAAAUGGCAUCUGGGGUAACAAUUUUAUGAAAAGAUGGCUUACUGGCAAAGUGAUCACUGAGGAAAACAGCACACUAGUCUUAUACCCAUCUAAAAAACCACUGUUGCCUUUCCUUGUUCCUUAUGGCUGUGUAGAGUGUUCUGACAUUGGUCUUCAAACCCACUGAAAAUAUAGUUUCUCCUUCCUGUUUCCUUUCUCUGCAGGAGGUUAGAAUAGAUCCAGCAAACAAAGACUGGGAUGGAUAACACAUUUGUCAAAACUGAACUGCAGAAGCACUGAAUCUUACUUCAAAGCAAGAGGCAAAGAGUCUAUGGUAGUUAUAUGAUCUUGAAAGGAGUCCUUGCAAAGGACAGUUUUAAAGUAACAGUAAGAGCAGAAAAAUAUUUUUUUAAACCUCAGUAUAUGAAAACUGUGAAUUGGCUUCCUUUCACAGUUCCAUCUUUUCUGAUAGUGUGUCUUUACUUCCUCGAGGUUUUUAAAAUUGUUAUUGUGUACAAAGUAAUAUGAAAUGGCUUUGAAAUAUUUAUUGAAUACAUGCAUUAAAAUUUUGUACAAGUAUAAA